GAACUGUUGAAGGAGUGUCUAUCAGAGACGGUCACUUCAGAAAUGCAAACUCUACAGAUUCCACCGCAGCUCCAGCAGGCAUAUCUAGACUCCAGUCGAUAUCCAGAGAACCUGCCCCCUGGUAGCACAGAUACCUACUCCAGUGAUCUACAAAUAUACAAAACACUGUUGGACAAAGCCCAACCUGAUCUGUUCAUCGAUUUCGAGCCUGAUAUACAUAUUGAGGUUUCAUUUCGCGAACUACACAAUGCUGCAGGAAAUGAGCUGGAAAAACUCAACGCGCACGAUGCCGUCAAGGCGAGAAGUUUCUUGGGUAUACAAACCGGGCCUGACCCUAGUGAUCCCGCAAGGUCGGUAGUGAUUGCACGUAGAAGAGAUCCAGGGCCCCGUUUCAUAUACAUCAAGGGCCAGCACUCCAGGGCUCCUUUGAACAUCACACGGCAACUUAUGUGCGAGAUUUUCUCCUACCAUCAGGUCAUGCCUGUUUAUCUCGACUUCAUCUUUGUGUUCGGCGCUCAGAGCGAGCCACGGGAUCGAAGAUUCAGCGGUUUUCGCCAGCAUAGCUUUCUGUCCGAUCCACCUCGCGGACUGGUGAUCCCAGAUCUUGGGCGAAGUGGGCGGUUGUACCAGCUAUGUUACAAUUUGAAGACGGUAACUUUGAAAUCCGAAGAUCCCAAGGACAUCAGUCUGAGCGAGUGGUCAAUUCAACCUGCUGCAAUCCAUCAUCAAUUCGACAUCGUCUACGGCACAACGCUUUGGAUCGUCACAAAGGGAGGAGACGACCUUCUUGAGCGCUACAAAUCGUUGACAGGCAAGGAAGGAAGGCCAGAGAACAAAGCAUUCAACACGUUACAGGAUAGUUUCAGGUCCAGCCUCGCUCCUCAUCUCUUGUUCUGUCACUGGUCGACGAUGAACUGGCGGUGGCAUAUUCUUUGGCUUGAAUCUGUGGUACAAAAAGAGACUUCGAUGGCCGUCCUCGGUCUCCGCGGAUCGGGCCGUGCGCAGUACAGCUAUACUCUCCGACAUCUCCAAACCGUUCAGGGCCGGGAAGACCAAAUCAAUGAAGCCAUUAUGGUCCUAGAAGCCAAUGUGGACGUCAUGCAGUCUCUGUGCAAAUUCUACGAAGGCCUGAGAACUAAAAAGGAGAUACCCCAGACCUUGAAAGACGGAUGUGACGCCGACAUAGCCACCUUUAUCGCGCAGACCAAUGACAUGAUCUCGAACCUGAAGCUGCAGAUUGUGCGGGCCAAUCUGCUGGUCAAGAUCACUAAGGACAGGAAAGAGCUGAUCACCCAAUUGCUACAAAGCCAAGCAACCGAGCGCAUGGAAGAAUUGAACUUGAACAUGGAAGGUGAGGCCAUUAUUAUGCGAACCAUUACAGUCGUCACCCUGGUGUAUCUUCCUGCGACAUUUGUCUCGACUUUCUUCAGCACCGAUAUUGUCAAGUAUCAGGAUCAGGCUGGAGGGCCACCUACCAAUGGUGUGUACUCUGAGGUGGCUAUGUACCGAUGGUUGCAAGUGACCCUACCUUUGACCGUUUUAACGUUCAUCGGGGCAUUCUGGGCUCUCAAGAUGGCAGAAAAGAAGAGAUCAGGACGGGAUGGUCGAAGUCAAAAGCGAGAACGAAGGCAGAUCGGUCGCUCUGUCACGGAUCUAAACCCUGGUACGAUAUUGCCACAUGCCAACAGUGUCGCCAGCGUGGUGUGA